GCGUCGUUGCUCGCACAUUCACCAAUUCAUCACGCAUCGCUCGCCACGUCCACAGCCCACGGCAGGGUCAUCACAUCAUCAGAAGACGCGACAGUUGCCGCACGGACCAACCGCGUCGCCCUCUGCGUCCACAGUAUAAGCCACGACGUCAUAUCACCGAAUCCCCGCACCUCCACCUCAAGUUGUUGAUUUCCAUCUACCCCUGUUUCCCAGCUCGCCUUCCUCUCCACACCACCAACACCGCCGCCUCCGCCAUCCACGCCAUGUCAAGCCGUGGUCGCUCCCCCACGCCGAAGCGUCUGACACCUACUCCUGGCCGUCCGGGCAAGGAUGUGUCCAUGUCACCUCACCCAGCCUCGCCACACCCCGCCUCCGCCUCCCCCAACCGCGCCGCAUCACCCGCUCGCCCCCUCGCUGUGGUAGUCGUGGAGGGGCUGAGCAAGAACGUCGGCCGGGCACAUCUCCAGGAGAUUUUUGGAGAGUAUGGGCGCGUAACGGGACUUGAUCUGCCUCUGUUCAAAGUUUCCGGCCUCAAUCAAGGCAAGGCGGCGAUUGAGUUUGACCGCCCCGCGGCAGCACACGACGCUGUGCGGUGCAUGAACGGUGGCGUGCUGGAUGGUAACGUUCUCACGGUCCAGCUCUCCUCUCACCCUCUUCCUUCGCCUCAGGAAAGCCCUACCCGUUCUCCUCGGCGGCGGUCAUACAGCCGUUCGCGCUCGCCUUCUCCACGCCGCGCAGCUCGCUCGAUUUCGCCCCCUGUGCGCGCACCUGCGCGCUCGCCAUACCGCCGCCGCUCUCCGUCGCCCCGCCGUCGAUCUCCUUCGCCCCGCCGUCGAUCUCCUUCGCCGCGCAGGCGCUCUCCAUCUCCCCGCCGCCGGUCGCCCCCUCCUCGCCGUCGGUCUCCCUCGCCCCGCCGCCCUCCCGCCUAUGGUCCCAACGCCCGUGGCGGCCGCAAUGGAGCAGGUUAUGGAGGCGGUUUCGGCGGAGGGCGCUUCCGCUCCCGUUCGCCUCCCCCGCACUUCCGUCGUGGACCGCCCGUCCGGCGCCCCAGCCCAGACUAUGUGCGGGGCGGACGGAGUCGCUCGCCUCCGCGUCGCCCGCUUAGCAGGAGCCGUAGCCCCGUCCGCCGCCGCCCUCUAAGCCGGAGCCGCAGCCGCAGCCCGGUUCGCCGCCGCCCCGUCAACCGCAGCAGGAGCAGGAGCCCGCGUCGCUCUCCCAGCCGGUCGCGUUCAAGGUACUCGCGCAGCCCCAGCCCGCGUCGGCGGAGCGUCGGUAUGGGCAGCCGUUCGCGAAGCCCAAGUCCCCGUCGUUAGCCCAGGCAUCCAAACGAUCUGAUUGGCAGCCGUGACAUCCGUAGCACUUGUUUUUAUGUUGUAUGCAUCAGAGGAUGGAUGUAUAAAGGUGCUAGUUAU